AUUUCCCAUGAGCAGCGCUCUCAAGCGCGUCUCCUCCCUCUGCGCGUUCACGAUACCGGCACAGUCACUGCAUGAUGGCCGAGGGAGGCGGACCCGAGUCGGGUGGCGCGGCGGACUCUGACUCGGAGCCGGUAGCCGCACAGAUGCCAAGCCCUUCAACCGAGAGUCAAAAACAGACUAUCGGGUCACUUCUGAAAACAUCUCUGAAAAAGGGUGACGAAUGGCAUCUAAUAGAUAGUCGGUGGUUCAAACAAUGGAAGAAGUAUGUGGGAUUUGACAGCUGGGACAUGUACAAUGUGGGAGGAUGUAGCCUUUAUCCAGGACCAAUUGACAACUCUGGACUGUUCUCAGACCAGGAGACCCAGACUCUAAUAGAUCACCUUAUAGAUGAGCUGGAUUAUGUCCUUGUACCUACCGAGGCUUGGAAUAAACUUGUCAGCUGGUAUGGCUGCCUUGAGGGGCAAAGACCCAUCAUAAGGAAGGUUGUUGAACAUGGCAUGUUUGUCAAGCACUGUAAGGUGGAAGUUUACCUGCUGGAGCUGAACUUGUGUGAGAAUGACAACAUGGACAAUGUAGUUACACGUCAUUUUAGUAAAGCUGAUACAAUCGAUACCAUAGAAAAGGAGAUGAGGAAUUUGUUCAAUAUCCCACCAGAGAAAGAGACACGGCUAUGGAACAAAUACAUGAGCAACACCUACGAGCAGCUGAACAAGCCAGACAGCACUGUGCAGGAUGCUGGUCUUUUUCAGGGGCAGGUGCUUGUUAUUGAAUGCAAGAAUGAGGAUGGCACGUGGCCAAGACAAGUCUCCCAUCCUAAAUCCAGUACAACCCCAUCCAGGAAUUUCACUACCUCCCCAAAACUCUCCUCAAACUCAUCAGCCAGUAUCUCUUCAACAGUUACCAACGGAGACAGCAGCUGUAGCCCUAGCUACACACUCAAUAACAGCACCUCCUCUGGCAACAGACUCGGUGGCUACAGUUCAUACAGCUCCUCCUACAACUACAGAGAGUCACAGUCGCAGCCUGGCUUGUGUGGGCUCAGUAACUUGGGCAACACAUGCUUUAUGAACUCUGCUCUCCAGUGCCUGAGCAAUGCAUCGCCACUCACAGAAUACUUCCUGAAUGAUCAAUAUGAGGCAGAGAUUAACCGAGAGAAUCCCCUGGGAAUGAGGGGCGAGAUUGCAGAGGCCUAUGCAGAUCUGGUAAAGCAGAUGUGGCUGAGCCGCAGCAGCUAUGUGGCUCCACGCACCUUCAAAACACAGGUUGGACGCUUUGCCCCACAAUUUUCAGGCUACCAGCAGCAGGACUCCCAGGAACUCCUAGCCUUCCUGCUGGAUGGGCUUCAUGAAGAUCUGAACCGUGUAAAGAAAAAGCCUUAUUUGGCCCUAAGGGAUGCAGAGGGCCGACCAGAUGAGAUUGUUGCCAAGGAAGCCUGGACAAACCACCGUUUGCGCAACGACUCUAUUAUAGUUGAUAUUUUUCACGGCCUCUUCAAAUCUACAUUGGUGUGUCCAGAGUGCUCUAAGGUGUCUGUAACCUUUGACCCGUUCUGCUACCUCACGCUGCCUCUGCCCAUGAAGAAGGAUCGUACCAUGGAAAUUUUCCUGGUGCGAUCAGACCCUCAGUCUAAACCCACACAGUAUCGAGUUGUGGUCCCCAAGCUGGGUACAGUGACAGACCUGUGCAGCGCCUUGUCCAAACUCUGCGGAAUCCCUCCAGAAAAUAUGAUGGUGGCAGAUGUUUAUAAUCAUAGGUUCCAUAAAAUAUAUAGACGGGAUGAUGGCCUCAACCAAAUCAUGGAAAAAGAUGAUAUUUUUGUGUAUGAGGUUCAGGAGGAAGACCCAGAGAGAAUGAACCUGUCUGUAUAUUUCAGGGAGCGCCACUCAAAACAUGGUGGUAGCUCCACAAGCACCAUGCUGUUUGGCCAGCCUUUACUCAUCACCGUGCCCAGACACAACCUCAAAGCAGACGUUCUGUAUGACAAAAUCCUAGAGAGGAUUGGACGCUAUGUAAAGCACACUCAAAGCCCCAAUAUUGAAAGCAGGGCCUCGGCCUCAGCUACCUCUUCCACCUGCAGCCAGGCUCCUGAAUGUUCUGCAUCAUCUAGCGCCACGGCCUGUGUGGGAGGUUGUGGUAGCCCCCUGUCGGAUGGAGCCUCCUGCAGUGCCAGCUCCAGUAAUGGCAGUAAUCACUCAGUUACCUGCAAUGAAAGCAAUGGCUUAUAUGAUGGGGAAGAGGAGGCGAUGGACCACCAGGUAAGUCCAGAGCGAGAAAAUGGCCACUCUGAAGAAGAGGAGGAGGAGACCUCUGAUUUGGAAAAUGGAUCAAAAGAAGAAGCCAAGCCAUCGCUGCCAGCCAAGCUCUUUACUUUCAGCAUAGUGAACUCUUAUGGAACAGCCAACAUCAGCUCGCUGCCUUGUGAUGGAAAUGUCCUAAAACUUAAUUCACAUUCCACAGUGGCUAUUGACUGGGAUACAGAGUCAAAGAAGCUGUGUUAUGAUGAACAGGAGGCAGAGGCCUAUGAGAAGCAUGACAGCAUGCUCCAGCCCCAAAAAAAGAAAGCCACCGUAGCUCUGAGGGAAUGCAUUGAACUCUUUACAACCAUGGAGACGCUUGGAGAACAUGAUCCAUGGUAUUGUCCCACAUGUAAGAAGCACCAACAGGCCACUAAAAAGUUUGACUUGUGGUCAUUGCCUCGCAUUCUGGUAGUUCAUCUAAAGCGUUUCUCCUACAACCGAUGUUGGAGGGACAAACUGGACACAGUGGUGGACUUUCCUAUCAGGGAUUUGAACAUGUCUGAGUUUGUAUGUGACCCUAAGGCUGGCCCUUACACAUAUGACCUCAUUGCCGUGUCAAACCACUAUGGAGGAAUGGGAGGGGGUCACUACACAGCGUAUGGCAAGAAUAAAGUGGAUGGAAAAUGGUAUUACUUUGAUGACAGCAGUGUCUCAUCUGCCUCAGAGGACCAGAUUGUGACUAAAGCAGCCUACGUGCUGUUCUAUCAGCGCAGAGACGAGGAAGCUCCCUCUAAACCUCAGCCAUCAGCGUCGCUGGGGGGAGCCCCCGAAGCAGCAGAUGACCACAUGGACACAAACUAAAGACUCCUCACCUGACUGAAAUGCACUGAAACGCAUAUGGAUAAUAGAGACACUUGGGUACACACAUACAGAUACUUUAGUGACAAAGGACUCUGCAGACAUUCUUAACCCUACCUUUCCCAUAUUCAGUUUGAUUUCAGUCUCAUGUGUACAGCUAGAGCAAACAGCCUUGUCUGAUGAGAGACCUGAGAGACUUCUUCCAACAGCAAGUGGCCUACUGAUGUCUGAAUUUAGUUUACUAGUCUGGAGGGAGAAUAAAUGGAUAUAGGAACAUAAUGUUAGAAGUGCCCUGAAUUGUAUAGAUAAAUGUUUCUGUUGCCCAAAAAAACAGUCAGAAACAUUAAAAAAGCCAAAUGCACAUCUUGUUUCAACCAAAGCAAACCAAAAUAUUAGUGACAAAAUGUACCACCUGUUAAUAACUCGAUCAGGAUAUUGGCAUGGUGUCUGGGUUUAUCUCUGGUAGAUACAAAGUGACUGUGUGAUGCGCCCACAAAUCAAUAUGCUGUGCUUGUUAAAAGACCCCUGUGACAUCACACCAACUCUGUAGAAUGGAUUACUGAUGGCUGUGGUAGUUGCCCCUACCUGCUCUGUCUUUGAUGCAAUCUAAACCAGGGUGGAUGUCUUGUUUCAAGGUUUAUAGUGUCCAGGUCCUACAAAUGAUGGGAGAAGCUGUUUUUUGUCCUUGCUCUUGAUCACUAAACACCUUUGUUCUUUUGAAGCACAGCAUGGGCUCAGUUCUGUCAGGAGCCUUUUUCCCUGCAACCACAUCUUUGUUUUUGUUUUUUCUAAUCACACUGCAAAGGCGGCCUUUUGAUUCCUGCAACCUGACUGAAAAGGAGGCACUUUGAAUUCUCCAUGAGUACAUUAAUCUACCUGCUUCUGGUGUAUCUAGAUAUUACAGAAUUGUAUGGUUUGGCCUUAGCAUUGAGGGUUUUGGUGUGUGAUACACUUCCAGAUCAUUUUAUGGUGUCUUUUAAGCAUAUUUCGAUUGCUGCCUGAUUGGACCCCCAGCUCACCUGCAAUGGCUUGUCCUUAUUAGUCUUGUACAGUAGUGCAGCUCUGUAUUGAAAUGGCUUUGUUAUUUGGUAUCUUUAAAGCACACUGAGCGAAGCAAAAUAAACUAGUAUAAAAGUGG